AGAAGGUAUGAAUGUUUUUUAAUGUGCACGCAGGAGGACAGCUUCAUGUUUUCAUUCUUAUAGGCUACUGUAUGUAAACUGCAUGCAUUUAUACUGUUAUCAGCACCGUUCGUUUUGUCUGAUUAUAGUUAAUCCCUUAAAGUUAAUCUUGUAGACUUUAUCGGUAGAAUAUCUUGAAGUUUUGAAAAAAAAACAUACAAAUCCAAACUAGAUGGGUGCGUUUCGUGCAGGAGAGAAGGAGAACUGAGGUGGCUUAUUCCCAACAGAAUAAUUUCAAAUACAAGUAGUAAAAUCAUCAGUUCAGAGGCAUGAAAGCACAUUUUGCCUCUGCAAACAAUGAUACUCUAAUAAGAUGCGGCACGAUAAUUUUCAGGACCACAAGUAAAUGAUAUCUUCCUGUACAUGCAGUGGCUGUAUUCUGUCCAAAGGCAGCUGUUUGAUGGGUAUCAGGAUGUCAACAACAACCGGAUUAGUGCCGCUGCAGCAGUCCUCGUAGACAGUUGGCAGAGUGAACCAGUGAAUACAUAUUAUCCAUCCACUGCACUGAAAUCAAUCUGCCCCAUGCAAGAAAAGCCUUUCGGUAGGUGUGAGUCGCUGGCUGGAAUCAUGGGGAACCAGCUGACUGAUAUCGCUCCUAACACGUCGUUCCUGCCAAACUUCCAGUCGCUGCACGUGGUGGUGAUCGGCCUCGACUCAGCCGGCAAAACCUCUCUGCUGUACAGGCUCAAACUGAAGGAAUUUGUGAAAACAAUCCCGACCAAGGGCUUCAACACAGAGAAGAUCAAGGUGACAGUGGGGGCGUCUCGGGCCAUAAAUUUCCAAGUGUGGGAUGUGGGCGGGCAGGAGAAGCUGCGCCCGCUGUGGAAGUCUUACACCCGGCGGACAGAUGGGAUGGUGUUUGUGGUGGACUCCACUGAGCUGGAGAGGAUGGAGGAGGCCAAAGUGGAGCUCCACAAGAUCACCCGCACUUCAGAGAACCAAGGGGUCCCUGUGCUAAUUCUGGCCAACAAACAGGACCUGGAUUCAGCCUUGUCUGUCAGCGAGGUGGAGAAGCUGCUUUCUGUCCAUGAACUGAGCAUGUACACGCUGCAUCACGUGCAGAGCUGCAGUGCUGUGAAUGGUCAGGGACUCCAGCCAGGCCUGGAGAAACUGUACGAGAUGAUCCUGAAGAGGAAGAAGAUGGUGAAGCACAGCAGGAACAGAAAGAGAUGAAGUCUUGGUUCACACUGUGGACAUUACCUUAAGAGAUUUACCCACUGUUGAGACACUUCCAAGCUUAAUGAUCCCUUUAAAUGGGAGAGCGAUUGGUGCCAGCAAAACAACAAUUACACACGGCCUUAGGGUCAGGACAAAUUGAUUUGCUCGUAAUAAUUCCAGAAGUAUUGACAUAUUCUUUGUUCUGCAAGCGUGCAGCUGCCCUUUGAGAGCUUAAGAUACAGAUUUAAGGGAAACCUUCAUAGCAGUUAGUCUCCACUAAGUGUGUUUCUACACUUGUUUAAAAAAAAAAAAAAAGGAUUUCUAACAAGACAUUUGCCUGUAAAGUGUAGGACUAAUAUAUGAACGCAUUAACGUCCGUGUGGCAGGUGAAGAAAAAUAUAGAAUAAAAUUUAAAAUGUCUUUAUAUUCUUUCACAAGCUUGCACAGAUUAUAUCCUGCCAAAUAGCUGUUUUUGUUCCAUGGUGUAUGGAUACUCUCCAGAAUAUUUAUUCCACAUUUUUGUGUUUGUGCUGGGCAGAGGGACUUCUUCAGCGAUGAUGGAGCACCAAAUGAUAUUAAAUUUCAUUGCCAUGGAACAGUAAUCCUAAGUGCAUUCCCUUCAUGGUCACAGAGGUUAAGUUUCAUUUAUUAUAACAAUAGUGUUUAUACAAAUUGUACAUUUUUGUAACACUGAAGACUUAAUAAAUCAAAGCACUGU